AUGGCGCAGAAGAAAGUCCUCGUCCUUGGCGCAACCGGAGAGACCGGAGCGUCGAUUGUAAAUGCCCUGUUGGAGGCAGGGAAAUUCGAAGUAUCUGCCCUCGUCCGCCCCUCAUCGGCUGAGAAACCGGCCGUUAAAGCGCUCCGGGACCGCAACGUCGAUAUUCGCGUUGUGGACAUCACCACCGACAGUGUUGAGGCGAUCGCUCAGAAACUCUCCGACAUCCACACCGUGAUCAGCGCCAUUGCACCCAAUGCCCAUCUGGCACAGUUGCGCCUGGUGGAUGCAGCAAAAGUGGCGGGAGUCAAGCGAUUUGUGCCCUGCGCAUUUGCGACUGCUGCUCCGUCUGGGGGUAUCAUGGUGAUUCGAGAUGAGAAAGAAGCCGUCUUCCAGCACCUCUGGAAGCAGUACAUUCCCUACACCAUCAUUGACGUCGGAUACUGGCACCAGCUGUCAUUCCCCCGCCUGCCUUCUGGCCGUCUCGACUAUGCGAUGGUGACACCGUCCCCAGCAACGUUCUACGGCGACCCAGACAUCCCCACCGCUGUGACGGACUUGCGCGACGUUGGUCGAUACGUCGCCCUGAUCAUCGAAGACGACCGGACCCUGAAUCAGAAGGUCUUUGUGUACGGAGACUUGAUCACCCAGCGAGGGGCAGCAGAGCUGGUCGAGAAGCUUUCCGGAGAGAAAAUCGGGCCUAUCAACCACGUCACACCCGAAGAACUUCUCGCCCAGAUCGACUCCCUCAAAGCUACCUUCGAUCCCAACGACACUUCUCUUGCGCGGAAAAUUCCGCUCAUCGGCGCCCAGUACAACUACAGCAAGUUCGUCCGGGGCGACAAUCAGCCCGAGCGGGCCGCGUAUCUGGGCUAUCUGGACGGCCGGAAGCUGUACCCGGACUUCCAGCCCAUCUCGUUUGAAGCCUUUCUGAAGGAGGUGGUGGAUGGGAAAGCGAAGAAGGGAGUGAAGACUGGUUCGUGA